GUGCCGAAAAGAUCCUCUAGAAUGCCUGAUCCAGCAAAGUCUGCCCCAGCGCCUAAGAAAGGCUCUAAGAAAGCGGUGACCAAGACCCAGAAGAAGGAUGGGAAGAAGCGUAGGAAGAGCAGGAAGGAGAGUUACGCCAUUUACGUCUACAAGGUGCUGAAGCAGGUGCACCCUGACACCGGCAUCUCCUCCAAGGCUAUGGGCAUCAUGAACUCCUUUGUCAAUGACAUCUUUGAGCGCAUUGCCGGAGAAGCUUCCCGCCUGGCUCACUACAACAAGCGCUCGACCAUCACCUCCCGGGAGAUCCAGACCGCCGUACGCCUGCUGCUGCCGGGAGAGCUGGCCAAGCACGCCGUGUCCGAGGGCACCAAGGCCGUCACCAAGUACACCAGCGCCAAGUAAUCACCCCCUUCUCUAACCCGCAUCAACACAAAGGCUCUUCUAAGAGCCACCCACCUCCUCUAAUCGGGCUGUGACUAUCAUGGUUAUUAUAUGUGCUGCUUGCAAAUCUGUCUUAUGUAUUUCAGUUCCUGAUGUAGAUCGGUCAUAUAUAGUCAUCAUAUUACAGAUGUCAGCAUUAGUGCUUACAUAAAGCAAUCCAUAGAGCAGUGACUACCCGUGUAGCUGCUGCAGAAACUAGAGAAUUAUUGUAUCUUAUUCCAAUGUUACAAAGUAUCAGUAGAUUGUAGCAAUUGGUCCCGUUGUUCGUAUCACUUUGACUCCUAUAAACACAGUUGUUAAAAGGUUGUUUGUCUUUCAAGAUGCCCUGUGUAGAAUGCUAUUGUUACUGUAUCACUGCACGUGUAACACCGGGAUCCAAUCUCCGGUGUCACUGCAGGUAUAUUGCACCGAAUCCAUUAUAAGACAUCAGGUUCCGUUUAGCUGCAUUUAAUGAAAGGAGAUCUUUAUGAUCGCACAAUACAAUGCUGGCUUAGGCACACAUGCCAGCCGUGCUCCCUAUAGUAACAGAGAUACAGGGGUGGCUGAGCAGCAGUGUUCCGGAGCGGGAUUGGCUGAGUGCAGUAUCAGCGGCGCUCAUUAUUACAGGGAGAAGAGAGACUGAAGCGCAGAGCUGACACUCAGACCGAGCUGUGGAUUCUUUUACAGCAGUCGUUAUAGUAACCAGAGAGAAGUUGUGUGCCAUUGCGUUGCAUUUAUAUUUUGCCGCCGAUAUCAGGUCGACUCAUUUAUCCAUUUUGAAAAUUCAUCUUCCAAUCCCAAAGAGGUUGUGCAGGUCAUUUGUUAGUAUAUACUUAUUAUUUAUGUGAACAAUAUAUAUAAAAGGAUAAUAAAACAGA